AUGGAGGAGCAAACACACACACUCAAUACCGAGUUGGAACUAAUGAACCAGUACCCAAGUGCACACCGGGAAGUAAACCUCAGUGAGGAUCAAGCUGGAUGGAUUUCACUCUUCAAAAUGAAGGGCCUGCUCCUGACCCUGUGCCUCCUGCACGUGAGUGCCGCAGUGCCGGUGUUUCCUCAGCAAUCAGGGGUCCCAGGCAUGGCUAGUUUGAGCCUCGAGACAAUGAGACAAUUGGGAAGUCUGCAGGGAUUAAAUACACUUUCUCAGUAUUCGAGGUUUGGCUUUGGGAAGUCAUUUAACUCCUUGUGGCUGCAGGGCCUCCUCCCCCCACAGCCUUCCCUCCCAUGGAUGAGGCCGCGGGAGCAUGAAACUCAGCAAUAUGAAUAUUCUUUGCCUGUGCACCCCCCACCUCUCCCAUCACAGCCAGCUCUGCAGCCUCAACAGGCAGGACUAAAGCCUUUCCUCCAGCCCACAGCUGAGACCACCAUCCAGGGCACCGCACAGAAGGGCAGGCCUCAGCCUCCAGUCCACCUGGGACAGCUGCCCUUGCAGGAAGGAGAACUGCCUGCCGUCCAGGAGCAGGUGGCACCAGAAGAGAAGCUCCCAAAGCCUGAGCUCCCAGUAAUGGAUUUUGCUGGCCCACAAGGUCCAUCAAUAUUCCAAAUCGCCCGUUUGAUAGCUCGGGGCCCAAUGCCACAAAAUAAACAGUCUCCACUUUAUCCAGGAAUGUUUUAUGUGUCCUAUGGAGCAAAUCAAUUGAAUGCCCCUGGUAGACUUGGCAUCAUGAGCUCUGAAGAAAUGGCUGGAGGGCGAGGAGGCCCCAUGGCCUACGGAGCCGUGUUCCCGGGAUUCGGCGGCGUGAGGCCCAGCCUCGGGGGCCUGCCCCCAAACCCGGCCAUGGGUGGGGACUUCACGCUGGAGUUUGACUCCCCGGUCGCCGCAACCAAAGGCCCUGAGAAGGGCGAAGGCGGCACCGCGGACACCCCCGGGCCGGAGGCCAGCCCGGCCGACCAGGUGCACCCCGCUCUGCCCCCAGAGCUCGCGCCCGGCGCCCUCCCGGGGCUCCUGGCCUUCCCCGGCGACGAGGACCCCGGCCUGGCGCGGGGCCCCGCGGGGCAGAGGCAGGGGCCUCCCGGGGUCACCCCGGCCGCCGCGGACCCGCUGAUGACCCCCGAGCUAGCCGACAUCUACGGGACCUACGCGGCUGACGUGACCACACCCCUGGAAGCAACCACGGACACCACGGUGGCCCCCGCGGACCUGCUGGAGACGUCGGCGCAGCCCCAGGCCGCGCACGAGGCCUGGCGCUACCAGGAGCCCUGACGGCCCCGCGCUGCCCCCCAGCGGGCCCCCCCCACACUGCACCUUCCCGCUCUAAUACUUGCUACCCUCUGCGGCAAAGGCAUUAAAAGCAUGAAGCGUGCAUUAAUAAAUACAAGUGGCUAGAAAUAGCGUAGGUCUCCUUCUUGCUUUCACUUUAUUUUAUGGAAAUAAAAUAUGCCACCUUCUGUGGGAUUUAGAAGUACUGUUAACCCGGGAGCGAGUUUACUCUCAGCGUUUGAUGAUCACCGCUUCCUGUGUCUUAGGCAUCGGGACCUCUCUUCUAGCGCGACACUACGCUGUCCAGGAAAUAAUGGUGCUGCUUUUGUUCUUUAAGCAAAGACAGACCCACGUUAAAAUAAAACUUUAUUAAAUGGGGAUUGGGGACGAACUCCUGACUGGUAUUACUGGAUUUGGUAUAUUGGAUUUAAAAUUCUCAUUUGUAGAGUAUUUUAUUUAAUCUAGUUUACAUAAGCUCACUCAGCCUAAU